AUGUGGUGGUCUGUUACCCCCGAACAACUGGCCUUGCAUACAGCUGAACGGUGUCGCUGUGAUUUGAUCCUGGACGGAUUUGCAGGGGCUGGGGGGAACACUAUCGCCUUUACAAAGUCGUGUGGAUUUGUCAUAUCUUGCGAAAUAGACCCGAUACGCAUCCAAAUGGCCAAGGCAAAUGCUGCGGUAUACGGUUCUCAGGUCACUUCGCGCGUAGAUUUUAUCAUAGGGGACUUUGCAACUUUGACUUCUCGCCAGCUCCGGAGAGGCGCGCUGGACGUAGUCUUCCUUUCUCCUCCAUGGGGAGGCCCAAGCUACAACGCCCGGGAGGUAUUUGAUUUAACUCGAAUGGGGGGAAUGAUUGACUUCCGCCACGCCUUGCGUCUCGCUCAGCGAGUAGCCCCUCGCGUUGCUGCAUUCCUGCCCCGAUCCGUGUCUCUUCUGCCUCUACUACGCGCUGCGGCGAUGUUUAAUUUACGAGGAUUUAUCAAGGAGGCGGACGCCACUGCUCAAAGUGGCGAUGGCAUCGCUACCUCUUCGCCUGCCGUAAAGUCUGCAGCAAAUGCUACGGCUAAUGAAUUCGCAGGAGACUGUGAUGGGGAAGAGGCUCCUACAUAUGAACCACCACUGCCGCGCAUGCACAUAGAGCUGGCGCUGUGCCGUUCGAGGCGAGACGGUGGCAGCUUUGAUUUUGACCAGCUUGGCUGCUGCACGAGCCUUGCUCAACUGGCGUCUGGUCUUUCUAGAGUUGUUUGGAAGGCCUGCCGACAGGGCGAAAACUCUCCUGAAGACUGCGCGCACGAGCAAGAGGAGGAGUCCAACCGAAAACGCAGACGGAUCAAUUCUGUUAUUUCGGCGGGACAGCCUUCAGUUCGAAGACUGGCAGGCACAGCGCAUGGUCGCCGGUGGGAAGCAGCAGAAGCAGCCGAAGAAGAGGUGCGACUUUUGGAGGAGGGAGAACAGAUUGAGUCAAACGGAGCGCUGAAAGACAUCGUUAGGGAGCGACGAAAGGUGUAUAAGCAUAUCGAUGACCUUCCAAGGGAAUGGAGAUGGCUACCUGUAGAAUUGUUGUGGGCUGCGACUCCGCUGACAAAGGGAUUCGUUAGAGACCCCUUUUACCUUUUAAAUAGACACUUGCGUGCUGCACAGAAGAAGGGGCAAAAUGGUGAAUUUCAGAAACAGACGGAAGCUCAUCCCGAACCCGAUGUGUGGCCUUUUCUGGAUGACCUGCGGUGCUCUCUUUUCCCUUGCGCCUGUAGGCAUAUCAAUUUCUGGCGCUGGCGGGCUGUGGGUGUGACCGCGUUUUUCGGUCCCUUCGCUGAUCGGCCUGGCGUUGCUCAGCGCCAAGCCAAUGUAGCUGCACAUGACAUCGACAGGGCUGCUACUCGUAGCCGUAGUGUAGGUGAGUCGGAGCUGCAUGGACAACAGCAAGCUCUUGAUGAUUGUGAUAGUCUACAAGAAGUCAAGAGGAUUCGCCGCAGUGUCAAACGCAUUUUUAGAGUUCUUCUUCCCGACGUCUUGACGCUUACCGGAAUCCACAAUCCUGAACUCGGUUUUGUGGGGGAUGAGCGGUAUCAGGAGCUACCAGGAGGAGAGCAUCCCUUGGGUCCGUCACUCCUGUCGACCAACCCUCAUCCAGAAAGGCAGGAGACGGAAGUCAAUUCAAACCUGGUGGAUUUGAAAGCGGACCCAGAUGGAGCCACAGGAGAAACCGCUAUGUGCUCGUAUGAUUUGCAGCCGUGUACACAAGGAGCCCCGCUACAGGCGGCGAGCAGCAUUGCAUGCUUCGCUAAGCAGGCCUUCACACAGUGUUCUUCUUCAUCCGAAAAGCUCUGCAAUUGCUUUUACUCCCAGGCCAGUUCAGAGACUUGCCAACCUUGGGUGCAUGGGCAACCUUCGGGCAUGAAGAGCACCACCUCAGACCCAAACCCACCCAGUGACGACUGCCACAGUGAAUCAGAGGGAGGAGGAACUCAACGCGAGUGGAGAGCCUUUGUUCGCCGCCUUGUGGCAGCAGCAGCCAAGAAAGUUGCCAAAGCUCGGGACAUGCUUGCCAGCGGGCGUUGCUGCUGUGGGGCAGACUGGGGAGCUGAGCCACACCGUUGUUCGAAGACAGCAUGUGCGUGGCAUUCUCUUAUUUGGAAUGAGUGUGGAAAGUUGCUGCACAGCUACUUGGCAGCUGCCAGCAGCUACUCGACCACUCUCCGUCUUGCACUGCCUCGACCUGUUUCUAAGAAACAGAGAAGGAAGAGGCACCGGCUUCUACCGCUUUCGGCAGAGCCGCUGCCACCGGCGUCUCGACAGGAUUUUCUUCGGCGUAUAAUAAGUGCGUACAUCUCAUUACACUGUUGCCCUGCUUCGUCGCAAGCAGAUACAGAAAAAAAACCCACAGGCUCACCUCCUGCUGAAGCGGCCAACGCCUCAACAGACCGUGGGAUUGGUAGCCAGACCCUCGGAGACAACGAAGUACAACGCAUGGGCAGCGAUAAUGCAUCGGGGAUGUGGACGCCGGAGGAAGUGGUUUACUGGCAGUUUGGCUGCAGCAUGUGGUGCAACCCUGCAUUACAUGUGCUCAGCGCACGGCAUCUAGCACCGUUACUGAAGCUGCACUCGUGCACACGGGGUUAG